AUGGCAAAUUUGUUACAAGAAGACGUUGAAAUGGCUCUUGACGACUUCAUUCCGAUCGUCUGUGGGAAAGAUGGAUGCGUCUAUAAACCCCGACAAAGUGUGUCCGAGAUUCAUUCAACCGUUGUUAAAGCCGCCGAGCAGGCAGAAGCUGAAUUUGUGAUUGACUUGCAACAUGAACAGUUAAAUUGGGAAUCGGAAUCGAACAAAGAAGAAAAUGAAGCUACGACUGAAAUUGGACUAGAAGUGCCUAGAUGCGAAAUCGAGGCUCUCCCCAUCAUUUUCUUUGCUAUGAGCCUCCUAGAAAUCGUAUUCUCAAAUGCUAUGGUCUUUUCCCAAAUCGAGGACAAAGAUUAUUAUACAUCAGAAUAUGUUCUCGCACUGUCCGUCAACAUGAAGAUGCUCUACCUUUGCCGCAUCCCACUAAUAUUCACCUCGGUUAUCGCCUAUCUCAAGAGAACCACGCUUCCAAUUUACGUGCAUUUGUACUUUGUGAGAUUAUUGAUUAACUGGAAAAUGAAAGAGGCAACUCCAGAAAUGAACGAAAUUGAACUGACCGAAUGUUCGAAUGGACAAACACAAGAAGCGUUGAAGCGCGAUCCAGCGGCCUAUCCAAACCAUGGCUACACCGGCGAUGCUGAACACGGAGAGAAUGCUGAGAAUACUUAUUAUUCUCAAGGUUACAUGCUCGCUCCACGAGAUCCACGACAUCGAUACGCCGCCAUUGUGGUUUGGGUUUUCAUCUGUCUUGGGAUUUUCGAGGCAGUCGUGCGAAUGGUAAUGGUCGUGUGGAAAAUGUUUGCGAACGGUCAAUGGACCGGACUGAUGGCUGAUGAUUUGAUCUACAACUUCGCCGCUUUACCGACGCUCCUGAUUUCGAUUCUCGGAAUCGUCAAGAAAACGCCGGUGCCACUGUAUUUCCAUCUUUGCAUUUUGCUAUUCCUCCAAAUGAUAUGGAUGGCCAGAAUCGUGGAAGGAGGCGACGGCCUUGUGGCGGUCGCGAAUUGUGGUGUUUUGCUUGUAAAUGCGGCGCUCGGCGGGACAAUCAUCUAUUUUGAUCUGGAACAAGAAGAAAUCUUCCAAUCAAAUGGUUUCCCUGCGCAGCCAAUCCGGAUGGAAAAUGCUGUUUCGCAGGAAGAGGGUGCAGAAGCCGAGCCGCUUUCUGAUACGCAAGAGUCUCCCGUAACGACUUUGGAAAAUGUCGAGGCAGACUUGGAGAACACAGAAAAUGAAAGACCAACUGUUCCACCUGCCAAACCGCUUCAUGGAAAAAGCAUGGAACCAAUUAUUACAUCAAGUAUUGAAUCGUUGCCCGAUUUGCAAGAUGACAAGGAAGAAAUUAUUGAUCAUAGCGCAGAAGCUGAUACGGAGAACAAGCCGGAAACGAUACUCCGAUCGGCAUCAUUCCAUUCUUUAAAUUUGGAUAGACCAAUCUCCUUUCAACAAUUGCAACGAAAUGCUGAAGAUAUCUCGUCAACCAUAGCGAUGCAGCCUCCACAUGAGCCCUAUCAGUAUCAAAACUACUAUUAUUCUCCUCCUCAAAUCCGGCUUGAGCAUCACCUCAAUCCGGCUUAUUAUGAAGAUCAGGAGUUUUACCGGCCUUUGCCGAAACUCAUCAAGGGAAUGGCACUUGCAUUCGUCAUCAUUGGUAUCAUCGGAAUUCUGAUAUCUUUGUUGACAAUUGUCUGGCCCCAUAACGGGCCUCACUCUAGCGUCGGAAAUAUUACCCGGGUAAUUGUUAUGCUCCAUCUAUUACUUCGUGUGCCACUAUUUCUCAUGUGCAUCAUUGGCCUUUUCAACAAAACGACCAUACCACUCUAUUUUCAUUUGUUCAUUCUGUUGGUAGGCGCCGUCUUUUUGAUACUUUUUGCCGUGCUUGAAUAUAACGAUAAGGAAUCUCAGGGCGGCCAACUUGGCUUCGCUAUCCCCCAAUUUGUCUCGACGUUUUUCGAAAUUGUUGCCACCACAGCCCUAUUGAUGACAAGUUCCAUGACCAAAUUUUCGGGAUUGCUG